AUGAAGGGGCAGAUGAGAUUUGGCAAAAAGGAAAAACUGACUUCUCGCUAUAUUGGACCAUUUCAUAUACUUGAAAGGCUAGGUCCUAUUACUUACCAUAUUGCUUUGCCCCCAGGAAUGGAACAAGUGCAUAACAUCUUCCAUGUAUCCAUGCUUCAUGGGUAUCUUAGAGACCCGUUCCAUGUGAUUGAUCACCACCGGAUUGCUCUAGACGAGAAUAUGAUGUAUGAAGAAUGGCCCGUGCAAAUCAUCGAUCGCCAAGUGAAGCAAUUGAGAAACAAAACUAUCCCUACGGUGAAAGUCGAGUGGAAAGAGCAUUAUGGAAAGGAGGCCACUUUGGAGAAAGAGGAAGAGAUGCGGCAACGAUAUCCGCAUUUAUUUUCAUUUGAAGGUAACUUAAGUUUAGAGGACCAAACAUUCUAA